UUAAACUGAUUCGCAUAAUGUGAUGACAAAUGUACUAUUUAUACGCACCGAGUAAUUCAACUUGGUAUCCACCUCUGGAUUGAUGGUGACAUGAUGCUGGCUGCACAUCGUCCGUCGCUGAGUAAAGACCUACCUGUAUCAACUGCACAUUGGCCAUUAAACUCUAAGAAAAACAACUCCACAUUUCUGUAUGUUGCACUUUAAUAUAAAGUCACUUUGGAUAAAAAACUUCAACUAAAUGAAGUGUUUGCUCCCCUCCUAGAACCGCAAUCAGUCUUGGACAUUUUGUCACUUGUAGUCGUAUUAUACUCUCGCUGUUAACUAGGAAAUAACCAUGUGCUAAUUGUACCGUAUGAGAUACUAAGAUCAAAGAACCGUCCCGUGUCAGAGCUCAUGUUACCCCUGCUGUGGGCGGGGGUCUCCCUGGACGUGAGGACAGCAGCAGCUCCUCCGCCCUGGGCACGCUCCCGUCAGUUGUCCAGGCUGCUCCAGAAAGUGUGCACGUGCUGCGGAUGAAACUUGAAGAAGCUGCAGAGAGUUUGGAGUAAAAGUAAUUUCAUCCAGACUCAUCGGACGGAUCCCUGGGACUAAACAUGAACACCAUGACGCUGUGGGCUCUGCCUCUUCUCAUCACUUUAAUGCACAGUCCUCUGUGUCUGUCAGUGACCGUCAGCAGCAGCAAACCCAAAGUGGAGGUCCACGAGCACACAGAUGCUGUGCUGGCCUGUGAGUUCAGGACGGAGAAAGACGCGAACCCCAGGAUCGAGUGGAAGAAGAAGGGGAAGGGGGUGACGUUUGUCUACUUUAAUCACAAAUUCACUGGGCCGUAUGCCAGCAGGGCGAAGAUGGAGGGAGCGACGCUGACGAUUCACUCGGUCUCUCAGAAAGACUCGGGGGAGUACCGCUGCGAGGUGACUGCCAGCGAGGACCACGUCAGCCUGGGAGAAGCUACUGUAACCCUCAAUGUGCUUGUGCCUCCUCACGUCCCGUCCUGCGAGGUGCCGAGCUCGGUGUUUGUGGGCUCCGGUCUGGAGCUUCAGUGCAAAGACAAACUCAGCGUGCCUCCGGCCACCUACCGCUGGUACAAAGACAACAAGGCCCUGACCUCCUCAGCAGAAACGCAGUACAGCGCCGACACGAACAAGGGCACACUCAAAUUUAGGAGUGUGACCAAAAUAGACGCAGGGAUGUACCGCUGUGAGUCCUCCAACAGCGUGGGAGCUCCCAAGAGCUGCGUGGCCCAACAACUUAAAGUCAUUGACUAUCCUUUGAAUAUGGCAGUUUUGAUAGCAGGUGCUGCAGCUUUUCUGGCACUCGUCCUCUUCUGCUGCAUCUGUGUGUGUGUCUGCCGACGCCGAGGCUGCUGCAGGAAGGAGAAGAACAUGAAAAGCACCAAGUCCUACAACCCUCCUCCUCCUCCUCCGCCUCCCAUCCGCAACAUCAAGCACUACAAACAAGCUCACUCCUUCAUGAUCUAAGGGUGAAACACUUUGACUUCAAACCAGAGUGUGCAUUUCUUCUUAAACACACUGGAAAAAUACUGAAACAUCCCCCUGCUUUUGGACAGCUGCUUUACACGGAUGGAUGCAUCUUCAAAUUUUAAAGGGGCCAUAUUAUGCUUUAUGAUGUUCUGCCUUUCCUGUAAUGUGUUAUUUAGGUUUCUGUGCAUGUAGAUGGACUGCAAAGGCUAGAAUUUCGAAGUUCUCUCCCACACUCUCCCCCCUGGUUGUAACACCCCCCAUUGGACUCAUUUUUUUACUUCUGUAACAUAAUGACCUCACUAUGUAACACUUUCGAUUCUAUUGGCUAGCGCUACAACACAUUGUACUUGAUAGUCUGAGGGGCGGGACAUCUCUAAUCGGUUGACCAAUCACAACAUAGCUGGCCAGCUAAACAAUCAGCUCUGGUUUCAGACAGAGGGUGAAAAGAGGUGCUGCAGCACAGGCAGGAUGAGAACAAUAAAGAGCUUUUUGAACAUUAAAACAUGGAGACAUGUCACAGGAGAGGCACACAAUACAAAUAUGAACCUGGAAAUGAGCAUAUAAGUCCUCUUUUAGCAAAAGCAAAGAGUUAAACAAGAUUUUACUCAAUCCUUAUUGCCUUCCUCCUCUUUGUAUCUACUAAACCUUCAUAGUGGCUUUAUCUCAGCUCUUUCUAAGCCACAUUAUACGUUUUAUUGUCACAUUUUUAUCGAGUUUAAAGACAUUUUUUACAUCUUUGUUUUCUAACAUAUUUUUCCAACUUUUUCUCAGACUUCGGAGGCCACGUUCACACUGCAGUUUAAGCUCUUUUCCCCCACCUACAGUAUAGGUAAACAACUGUACAAUUCAUCCACACUGAAAUACUGUAUAGACUAUAUCCUUCUUAUUGCCCUUCAUUUAUAUUUAGAUGCAGAGAUGUUGGUUUUAUAUGAAGUUAUUUUUUCUCUUUUGUCAUUUUUGGUAUAUAUAUAUUUUUAAAAGAUGUGUGUGUUUGUGUGUUGAGCUUAUGAUUGUUUACUAUUUGGCUGUAUAAAUUCAAAUAAUGUGAAUUGAGCGACAAAUGAACGGGUGUCUGCACACACUGAAUUGUGCUUUGAAAAGCUUUUGAAAAUAUUUUGAUACUAUU